AUGACAACACCAGAUGUCUUUCGAGAUGCGGAAUACAUCGCUGACGUGUCCGGCAUCCAAUAUGGCAGCAUCACGGAGGCAUCGCCGACGCUCCAGGACGACAGCCUGAGAAAGAAGCUCCAAACUGCCGCGAAACUCGCCUUCAUCGAUCGUCUACUCCGCGAUCUCGACAUCCUUAUAUACUGCGAGUUAUCGGCACUUUAUUACCUAGAUUGCUCGAUAGUACUCUUUGCCAUCCGUGCCAUUUCCCAACUGAUCUUCUUCACUCCCAAAGCACCCCCGUUCGACCCCACGCGAAACCAACCUUUUGUCGGAGCCAUCAUUGCGAGCAAUGUCUUCUGCAUGAUUUUUCACAAGUUUUUUAGUCAGUCAGAGGCCGGAGAAGCAACUAGAGAUUAUUUACAUGGCGGGAUUCUCAUUGAUUUUAUUGGACAAAAGGCCCCUGUGCCGCUCUUCCGCCUUCUAUGUCUUGACUUGCUCAUUAUGGUCCUCAACAUUGUUAUGCUGGGUCUCAUAAUUGAGCGGGUAAAGUUAGCGGAAUUGAGGACUACCACCGCCGCUGUCUCUGCUACUGCUGCCGCGGACACAACCGCUCAAGCUGAUUCUGCCCAAGCACAGGACCACGACCAUGAGGAACGAGGUGUUCUUAGCCACGAGACUGAAGCCAGAGGAGAGUCAACCAAUGCUGAAAACGAGCGUAUAGAGCAAAGUUCCCAUACUGCUCUAUCAUCCACUCACUCCCCUCCUCCAAGUGAAGAAGAGCUCGAACGCACCCGAUUACUAGCCGACCCGUCCGAGAAUGGGGGAAGUCACACCAAUCAUCAACAUGCCCUAGACGCUUACUCCUCCGGCGGUGCCGUUAUAGUGCGCUUGGGGUUGUGGAAUGUUAUUCGGGAUCAAUGGCGAUACAGCCCCUCUGCGGUACGACGGUCAGCCACUUAUGCGCCAUCUCAUCAAACGGCUGCGUUCUUGCGCGAGCGGUUCGGACUUCAGGUUGGGGCUGAUGGGCGGUUGGAGAGAAUCACGACAACAUGACCAUAUGGGCUAUUGUAUUCUAGGUAGGAAGUAACGGUGUGAAUAUAUUGUCCCUCAACCUAUAUUAUUGA